UAGUAAUCAAGACCUAAUAAUUUUGCAGAUCUUAGUUCUACGCAAACAUAACAAUGGGUAAAGAGAAGGUUCACAUUAACAUUGUGGUCAUUGGCCAUGUCGAUUCUGGGAAAUCCACAACCACUGGGCAUCUCAUCUACAAGCUUGGUGGCAUUGACAAGCGUGUGAUUGAAAGGUUUGAGAAGGAAGCUGCUGAGAUGAACAAGAGGUCAUUUAAAUAUGCUUGGGUGCUCGACAAGCUUAAGGCUGAACGUGAGCGUGGCAUCACCAUUGAUAUCGCACUGUGGAAGUUUGAAACCACCAAAUACUACUGUACGGUCAUUGAUGCUCCUGGACAUCGUGACUUCAUCAAGAAUAUGAUUACAGGGACCUCUCAGGCUGACUGUGCUGUCCUCAUUAUUGACUCCACUACUGGUGGUUUUGAAGCUGGGAUUUCCAAGGAUGGUCAGACUCGUGAGCAUGCCCUUCUUGCUUUCACCCUUGGAGUUAAACAGAUGAUCUGUUGCUGCAACAAGAUGGAUGCAACCACACCAAAAUAUUCCAAGGCAAGGUAUGAUGAAAUUGUGAAGGAGGUCUCUUCAUACCUCAAGAAAGUUGGCUACAACCCUGAAAAGAUCCCCUUUGUUCCAAUUUCUGGUUUCGAAGGUGAUAAUAUGAUCGAGAGAUCCACCAACCUUGACUGGUACAAGGGCCCAACCCUGCUUGAGGCACUUGACAUGAUUCAAGAACCCAAGCGUCCAUCAGACAAGCCCCUCCGCCUUCCCCUUCAGGAUGUCUACAAGAUUGGGGGCAUCGGAACUGUUCCUGUGGGGCGUGUUGAGACUGGAAUCCUGAAACCUGGAAUGGUUGUCACUUUUGGCCCCUCUGGUCUGACAACCGAAGUCAAGUCUGUAGAGAUGCACCAUGAGGCUCUCCAGGAGGCCCUUCCUGGAGACAAUGUUGGCUUUAAUGUCAAGAAUGUUGCUGUCAAGGAUCUGAAGCGAGGUUAUGUUGCCUCCAACUCAAAGGAUGACCCAGCCAAAGAAGCAGCUAGCUUCACCUCGCAGGUUAUUAUAAUGAACCAUCCAGGGCAGAUUGGGAAUGGUUAUGCCCCAGUCCUUGACUGUCACACCUCCCACAUUGCCGUCAAGUUCGCAGAGAUUUUGACCAAGAUUGACAGGCGAUCUGGUAAGGAGCUGGAGAAGGAGCCAAAGUUCUUGAAAAAUGGUGAUGCUGGUUUUGUGAAGAUGAUUCCCACCAAGCCCAUGGUUGUGGAGACUUUCUCUGAGUAUCCUCCUCUAGGGAGGUUUGCUGUCCGGGACAUGAGGCAGACAGUUGCAGUAGGUGUCAUCAAGAGCGUGGAGAAGAAGGAUCCUACGGGAGCCAAGGUUACCAAAUCGGCAGCCAAGAAGAAGUGAACCGAGAUGAGCUCGGCAUUGGUGGGUCAUGGGGUCGUCGGUCGUCUUAGUGUCAUCAGUUAUUGUCAUUGUGGGUAUGAGUUCAUCAAUUAUGUAUCUGUGGUCUGGAUGCAGAAUUGGGUGCUUGACCGACGGUGGCAUAGGUUUGAGUUUCUGGUUUUUAUUACAUGAUGGUUGCACUGGUUAAUGGUUAUAAUGCUUUUCAGUAUCUUCAGUUUUGUUUGUGCUAGGUCAUUUUGAGAUAACCUAUUUCCGAUUUUCUUAUGAAUGGACUCUAGUAUUAUCACAUGAGAGAGCUUUGGUUUUGAUGAAUUAAGUGAAUCUAAUUUUAUCUUUUAUAAUAUUC